CUACUGGUUACGCAGCCACCUGUGUGUCGAGAAGUGUUCAAGCGAGGUCUAUCAGAGAAAGGAUCGUCAUUCAUCACGGCCAAGGAUCAGUGUGCUGAUAUGCAGCCGCUUGAUUGCCGCGCCUGUGCAGGUCAGCACAGCGAAUCACAAGGACAUGGUGACCAUGAAGAAGAAGGUCCCCUGAACGACCAUGACGGUUGAUUGAUUAUCACCAGAGUAUUAAAGCUCGCUGCAAAUGCGGAUACUUUGCCUCUUUGCUGCUUGUCUCCUACGUGCAGUCGCCAACGCCAACGUACACCUCGAGCCAACGGACUGUGCCUGGGCCAUAGCUUCAACUCACCUCUAAUGUUAUGACCAUGGCGUCUUUCCUCAAAGCGGUGUUACGCCUCAUCUUAGAGGCCAAGCCUCAGCCCGCCAAAGCCGGUAUCGACGGGGAACAGGGCAUAACCGGAGUGGCAGACGAGAAACGACCGGCACCGUCGCAUAGCCUCUGGCCAUCCAAUUACGAAUCUCAACAGACCGUGCCAACCCAGCCCAGUCACUUGAUUCCUGAAAAUGACUCUCUGCUUCUAUAUAGACUGAUGAUGGGCAUCUCGGCUGCACCACAUCUAGGCUUCGACCUAGAAGCGAACGGUGGAAGGCGGCCUGCCGCCAAUCUCGGCAUCUACGCCCGCGUCGUGCACGCUGAGCAGAAGGCCAAAGACAGCUUCAAGGUCUUCUCGGUCAUCAUCAAUGGCUGCUACUUUCUCCAGAUCAUCGUUGCCGCAGCCCUUACGGCCAUGGGAGCCGCCAAUGCGAACAACAAGGCCAUCACUGCAUUUGGCGCGUUCAAUACCAUCAUUGCAGGCCUCCUCACGUUCCUGAAAGGAUCGGGUCUUCCGGCACGUUAUAAGUACUACGGCAACGAGUGGAAGAAGAUCCGCCAGUACAUCGAGCAGCGAGAGCGCGACUUCUCCCGCCAAGGGUGCACACUGGACGUCUAUCACGUAGCCGAAACGAUUGAGAAAAUGUACGCCCACAUAGAGCAGGAGAUCGAAGCCAACACACCGGACAGCUACACGUCGGUCACUCGAUCUUCGCAGCAGCUAGGCAUCAACAACGCCGACAAGAUCGGCGGUAUGGAUGUGUCCAAAUUGGAGGGCUUCGCGUCGAAAUUAUCCGGCCUCGACAGCACCAUCGCCAAGAUCACUGCAGGUCUCAAAGACAAGACGCAAGGGCUGACGCAGGGACUUCACGAACGAGAAAAGGAGGUUGAGGCUGAAGUACGCCGAGUGGAAGAGUCGGUGGAGAAGCACGUGCAGGAACAUAAAGACAAGCUUGCACGCGAGGCCCAGCUGCGCAGGAAUGAAGUCGAAAGCGUUCGUGAAACGGCCAGCGCCGCCGUCGCAGACAGAUUUGCAGAUGUCACAAGGUCAGCUGGCGCCCAAGUGAGCCAGAUAGAGAACUUGGCACACGGACUUGCAGACCGAGCGAAGCAGGUCGAAACUGUAGCAAGCCACGGUCGAGUGGCAGGGGCUCAGUUGGCAGACGAUCUGGCGCGAGCUGUGGCAGGCACACCACGUGCAGACGAAGCCAGGCAGAAGUCGGCGGAGCCAUCACACUCAGCAAGAGAUUAGGCUCAGCGAAGGAUUCCAUGAAGUGGCGAUAAAAGGAGCGGAACUGUAGCUACGUGCAAGCACUCAGUAAACUACCUGACUUACAUGGGUGCAACCAGUAAUGAUCACAGCUUGGGCCAUAAUACCAUGCGGACUCCUAGGGGUCGGGACCCGACAUUAAGAUCUCGUGCACACCAACAUGCUUCGAGGUACUUCCUCAACACCUGUGGGGCCUAGACUGGUACUUUCGAUGCAGCCCCACCUUGCCUUUCCACUUAACGCGACCUCCCACGUGCGACGCGUCCGCUGGUGCGCAAUCAGGCAC